GCGAGUGUCCGCGCCUGCAUCUGUCCUCGACCUCCACAUCCCCUGCUGCCACUCGCCAGCAGGCCUGGGCUUCGCGCACAGCUCGAGACAUAUGCUCGCGUCCAGCAGCACGCGUCUCACGCAAGCAUGCCGUCGUAGCACCCUCCGCCCCCUCCUCUCGACCCGCACCAAGCACAAGGCGACAGGCAAGACCGCCGACGAGAAGAUCAACUACAACAGGCUCUCCUUCCAGGAUGUCCCCGACGCAGACCACGCCACCUACAAGCGCGUCACCGCGAACGACCUCGAGUCCUACAAAGAGCCGCCGCGCCGCGUCAAGAUGCUCGUGCGGGACUUCAUCGAGGACUCGUUGUACAAUCCGCACUACGGCUACUUCCCGAAGCAGGCCGACAUAUUCACGGCGAUCGAGCCCGUCCAGUUUGGGAAGCUAAAGAACUUGGUGCAGUUUGAGGAGGUGGUCGCGCGGAAGUAUGCCGAGUAUGGUCCUGACGGUGAAGGGCCCGGGCGGCAGAUCUGGCAUACACCGACGGAACUGUUCAAGCCCUGGUACGGUCAAGCCAUCGCGCAAUGUCUAGUCUCUGAAUAUCUACUCAAGUACUUCCCGUACGAAGACUUCAUUAUCUACGAAAUUGGUGCGGGCAACGGUACCCUCGCGCUCGACAUUCUCGACUACAUCCAAGAUCGCUACCCGGAGGUCUACGACCGCACGCAGUACAAGAUUAUCGAAAUCAGCGAGAACCUGGCGCAGCUGCAACGCGACAAGCUCUGCAGCAAGCACGCAUGUGUCGAGGUGACGAACGAGAGCAUCUUCCGCUGGUCCAAGCGCGAGCCGGCGCCGUGCUUCUUUCUCGCCAUGGAGGUCAUCGACAACUUCGCGCACGACAUGAUCCGCUACGACCUGCGCACGCUCGAGCCAUACCAGGGGCUCGUCACGAUCGACGCGCACGGCGACUUCAGCACGUACUACACGCGCGUGACGGACCCGCUCAUCGCCGCGUUCAUCGCGCUCCGCCGGCACCUGAUGCACCCGCCGCCGCUGCCGCGCCUGCUCAAGGCCUCGCGCACGUUCCGCACGUUCUACGCGAACCUCCCCUUCGCUCCGAACCUCUCCGCGCCCGAGUAUAUCCCCACGCGCCUGCUCAGCCUCCUCCGCACGCUCCGCAGCCACUUCCCGCGGCACCGCCUCCUCCUCUCGGACUUCGCGUCGCUGCCGAACACGAUCGAGGGCGUGAACGCGCCCGUCGUGCAGACGCGCUACCGGAACACGACCGUGCCGUGCACGACGUUCCUCGUCAAGCAGGGCUACUUCGACAUCUUCUUCCCGACCGACUUUCUGCGCCUCCGCGAGAUGUACGAGCACAUCCUCGCGCAGCCCCUCCCCCGCGCGGAGGCGGAGGCGCCCCUCGGCCCGUCCCCCCUCGCGACGAGCGCGUCCCCGCUCGCGCUCGGCGGCACCUUCUUCUCGUCGUACCAUCCGAAGAACUUCAGGCUCUCCCCGGACGGCGUCGCGUCCGCGGGGGGUAUACCGGGUGGCGACCUGAAGUCGAGCGUGUACACGCAUGCGGAGUUCAUGUCGACAUACGCGAACUUGAACAAGACGCGUCUGCGGAAUGGCGAGAACCCUAUCCUUAAUUUGUACCAAAAUGUCAAGUUUUUGUUCUGAGACCUACGAACUCGCUGGCCGUAGAGCAUAUUGGGACAGGACAUUAGACUCAGGAAGACGGCAUCAACGUCACUAAUCUUGUGUGGUUGUCCGGCGAGACGUCCGCACGACGGCAAGGGUCAUCGGCCUGAUGUCCCGGGUCUCGACUGCACGAACACUGCGUCGGACGCACAUCGUAGCAUCACAACGCAUAUGGCGCGGCGUUCUUCCUGCGCAGCGUGGUUCGUCCUGGAACGCCCGAGUCGCGGCCGAGAACCAAGGCGCGGGGGUCUGGAUA